AUGCUGGAGAACAUGGAGUCUUACUCCAGGGAGGUUGAACCCCCAAUUAAAUUCUACCACAGCCCCCUGGAAAUCCAGCAGAACUCGCUGGCCACUUUCAUGGAUGAGUUUCGAGGACUAAAGGAUCUCAAACAUCAGACCUCCAACACCAAAGAUCUACAAGCAGAGCUGGAUCAGAAGAAAGCUGAGAUUGAGGCCCUCAAAGAUCAGCUUCGGUCUGAAAAGCAGCAGCAGCAGGCUGUGGAAAAAAACAACUCAGAGUUGCGAUUGGAGAGAAAUCCAUGGAAAGAGAGGGCUCAGCUUCAAGCAGAGAAAGACAAGAAUAGUCAUCUCAUGGCUUCCCUGAAAGACUCUGAGAAAGACAAGUCUUCUCUCCUGGCACAGCUGGAAAAAUGCAAGGCCACUCAUCUUGCCCAAGCUGAAGAACACGAGAAGAUGAGAGAAGAAGUGAAGACUCUCAAGUUGGAGCUUCGGUCUGCAAAGCAGCAGCAGCAGGCUGUGGAAAAAAACAACUCGGAGUUGCGAUUGGAGAACAAUCCGUGGAAAAAGAGGGCUCAGCUUCAAGCGGAGAAAGACAAGAAUAGUCAUCUCAUGGCUUCACUGGAGGAGGCGAAACAACAUCUUGCCCAGCUGGAGAUGGAAGCUGAAGAACAUGCGAAGAUGAGAGAAGAAGUAAAGGCUCUGAAGUUGGAGCUUCAGUCUGCAAAGCAGCUUCAGGCUGUGCCAAAAAACAACAUGGACUUUGAGCUGGAGAGAUAUUUGGAAAUAGAGAAGGCUGAAACUCAGAAGCUACACCAUGAGUUUAGACAGAUGGAGGAAACUCUCCAAAAACAGAAAGAAAUGCAGGAUUUCCAUCAAGCCAAAUUGGAAGAACAGAGAGCAGAGACUUACAGGUUUGCAGCAGCCCUGAAACAAACACAAGAUCUACUGGGGACUGAACAUAAUCGCUAUGAGAAGGAAAAAUACAUCAUCCUGCAGCACACACAGAACUACGUAAACUCCUGUGUGGCUCAAUUGAACGGCAAGGUAGACGAGAACAGGAAGCUCAUGGCUGAAGUGGAGACUCUGAAGUUGGAGCCUCAAUCUGCAAAGCAGCUUCAGGCUGCGGCAAAAAACAACGUGGAGUUGGAGAGCUAUUUGGAAAUAGAGAAGGCUGAAACUCAGAAGCUACAUCAUGAGUUUAGACAGAUGGAGGAGACUCUCCAAAAACAGAAAGAAAUGCAGGAUUUCCAUCAAGCCCAAAUAGAAGAACAGAAGGCUGAGACUACAGGGUUUGCUGCAGACCUGAAAAAAACACAAGAUCUGCUGGAGACUGAACGUCAUCGCUUUGAGCAGGAAAAAGAGUCUAUUUGGAAGGAGACACAAAACCCCUCAACCUCCUGUCUGGCUCAACUGAACGGCCAGGUAGACGAAAACAGGAAGCUCAUGGCUGAAGUUGAGACUCUGAAGUUGGAGCUUCGGUCUGCAAAGCAGCGGCAGGUUGGAGUUGCAAUUGGAGAGCGAUCUGUUGAAUAA